AUGGUGUCUCUUCACCCUGAGCCCUUGGCAAAGAUAAUCAACGGUACGAAGAAUCACGAAUUUAGGGUCUGGAAAAUACCACCUACUGUAACCCGCGUCUGGAUUUAUUCGACCAGGCCGUUCUCCGAGCUGAAAUACAUGUGCACCCUCGGCCCUCCUAAAGUACCCGGAGAAAUCGAGGACAACAAAGGGGUUGGAAAUGUCGAGUUCAACCAAGGUAAAGCCGUCGCCAAGUAUGCAUAUGAGAUACUCCAGGUCUAUGAACUUAACGACCCGGUUCCCCUCGACGAAAUGAAGAAAAAGGGCUGGGUAAAUGCUGCCCCGCAGAAAUAUGUAUGGGUUCCUCCUGCGGUUAUCGGAGAACUUACUGCGAAUUUGAAAUGUGCUUUAUUUGGUGACAAUGAGGAAGAGCAAGAAGCAGGAGCUGCGUUGCUGCCAAGCAGUCCCAAUGUUACCGAGUCACAAGAACUCAAGGCUCAACUACAGGAUGAUGCAGAAUUCUCAACCCAGCAUCAUUCUGAUAACGUGGACGAAGUGAUUCUUUCGAGCCAGUCUACGCGUAGGUCUAGUGGCAGAGGCAAGAGAACCCAAGCAAAAAGCAACCAAGGAUUUACAAAGCCCGCACCGCCUAUAUUACAGCCAAGUUCUUCAAUUCAGUCACCGCCAGCACCUCCAAGCCAGAGAACACGCAGUGCCGUCAGACCGUCGCAGGCUACCACAGUCUCAAGCCCAACGCUAUCUCCUGAGAGAUUGCCCCCUCAAGUAAUAUCCAUCACCAGCGACUCACCCGCCGCCAACCUGCACAGCAGCAGCCCGACGGCGUUCCGGAGCGCGCGAGAUCACUCUCUGAGGUCCUCGCAGUUCCAAACGCGGAGCCAGAUGUUGCCGGAUAGUCUGGUACUCGACGAGAUUCAAGUGCCGCCGCCUAUUGUAUAUGAUUCUGCAGAUGAGCAGUCAGAUUGA